UAUUAUUUUCAUUAUUACACACAAAUAUUAAAACAACAAUCACACUAUUGUUGCUGGCCUGCCAUUAGAGCUCUGGUCAGAGCUGAGAUUAGAUUUCACAAUCUCUCGACAUGGCAGUUAAACAACAAGCCCUCUUCAUCUCAUCCCUCAUAAUCCUAUGGUACUCAUCCAACAUUGGUGUUCUUCUCCUCAACAAAUUCCUGCUCUCAAACUAUGGAUUUAGGUUCCCAAUCUUCCUCACAAUGUGUCAUAUGACUGCUUGUGCUGUCCUAAGCUACGUGUCUAUAAUCUUCCUUAAAGUUGUCCCCUUCCAGGAGAUUAAAUCGAGGUCUCAGUUGUUGAGGAUCUCGAGUUUGAGUGUUGUGUUUUGUGCUUCUGUUGUCGGUGGGAAUAUUUCGCUCAGGUAUCUGCCGGUUUCUUUCAAUCAGGCUGUCGGCGCUACGACGCCGUUUUUCACGGCGAUGUUUGCGUAUUUUAUGACUCUGAAAAGAGAAGCUUGGGUUACUUAUGCUGCUCUUGUGCCUGUUGUUGCUGGUGUUGUUAUUGCUAGUGGGGGAGAGCCAAGCUUCCACUUGUAUGGAUUUAUUAUGUGCAUUAGUGCAACCGCAGCAAGGGCUUUCAAGUCUGUGCUUCAGGGUAUCCUGCUUUCUUCAGAGGGGGAAAAGUUGAACUCUAUGAACUUGCUGCUUUAUAUGUCCCCAAUUGCUGUUCUAGUUUUGUUGCCCGCAACGCUUAUGAUGGAGCCCGAUGUAUUAGAUGUCACUCUUUCCCUUGGUGUAAAACACAAGUUUAUGUGGCUACUUCUUCUUGCUAAUUCAGUAAUGGCUUACGCAGCCAACUUAACAAACUUUUUGGUGACAAAGCAUACAAGUGCACUAACACUCCAGGUAUUAGGCAAUGCAAAAGGUGCUGUAGCCGUUGUUAUUUCCAUACUUCUGUUCCGAAACCCUGUUACCUUUAUUGGUAUUGCUGGAUAUACAAUGACCGUAAUGGGAGUUGCUGCUUAUGGAGAAACUAAACGCCGGUACAAAUGAUCUUCAUGGAUGCAGUUCAUUUCAGAUGUAUAAGUAGUUCUAGAAAAACAUUAAAGGGAAGUAGUUCAGUCCCAUACAUAUAGAUUGUUGUGCAAUCAGUUGAGUUUCUUGAUACCAUUUCUGUGUGAGAUCGAUUAGUUUUGUUGUCAUCAUUUAAUUAUAGAAAUUUGUAUCUGGCUGUAACUCUUCAGUAUAUAGGAGUUAAGUUCUGUUCAGUGUA